GCGAGUGUUAUCAGGCGUUUCCGGGAUCUGUUGGAAACAGCAGUUGGAAGGGAAAAGAGUGCUCACAAACACUUGAAGUGCUUUCUUGGACCAAACUGAGAUACUGUUGUUAAAGCAGGUGCAUAGCUGACUGGAGUUUCUAGAAGCCGUUAUAAUCACUGAUCAGCAAUGCAGAGGAGAGAGAUGGAGGAUCCAGUAGCUGACAGCAGUGCAGAUGAUACUGAGGAGAACACAGCUGCUCCUGAUGUGACCAAGAGCAAAGAAUCUGAACCACAGCCAGACAGCAUCCAAACAGGUGAAAGCUUAAAGGAGGCUGGAGCACCUUCUGCCUCCUGCGACAUGGCGGAGGAACUGAGCAGACAGCUGGAGGACAUCCUCAGCACUUACUGCCAUGAGGAUGGUGCCAGUGAGGACACAGCGGUGACUAAUGGUCAACCUGACGGUGUUGAUGUUAAUGGAUUGUCUGAAAGGGAGAAUGGCAAGCAAGAGGAGAGCAAACUGAAUGUUAAUGGAUGUGUGGAUAAAGACCAGAAAAAGGUUCAGGAGAAGAAGAAAGUAAAAGGACUGGGCAAGGAAAUAACUCUCCUAAUGCAGACCCUUAACACUCUCAGCACGCCAGAAGAGAAACUAGCUGGUCUCUGCAAGAAGUAUGCUGAGCUGCUAGAGGAGCAUCGCAACGCUCAGAAACAGAUGAAAGUCCUGCAGAAAAAGCAGACGCAGCUCAUUCAGGAGAAGGACUACUUACGAAAUGAACACAGCAGGGCCAUCCUGGCCCGCAGCAAGCUGGAGAGCCUCUGCCGAGAGCUGCAGAGACACAACCGCACACUUAAGGAGGACGGUGUGCAACGUGCCCGACUAGAGGAAGAGAAAAGGAAGGAAGUGACGUCACACUUCCAGGUGACACUGAAUGACAUCCAGGCCCAGAUGGAGCAGCACAAUGAACGGAAUGCCAACCUGAGACAGGAGAACAUGGAGCUGGCUGACAAGCUGAAGAAGCUGAUUGAACAGUAUGAGCUCAGAGAGGAGCAUAUUGACAAAGUGUUCAAACACAAGGACCUGCAGCAGCAGCUGGUGGAUGCAAAGCUUCACCAGGCGCAAGCUCUGCUCAAAGACUCGGAGGAACGCCACCAGAAGGAGAAAGACUUUCUCCUGAAAGAGGCUGCUGAGUCUCAUAGAAUGUGUGAGCUCAUGAAACAGCAAGAAGUUCAUCUGAAACAACAGCUAUCUCUGUAUACAGAGAAAUUUGAAGAGUUUCAAAACACGCUUUCCAAAAGCAACGAAGUGUUCACGACAUUCAAACAGGAGAUGGAAAAGAUGACGAAGAAGAUUAAGAAGCUGGAGAAGGAAACAACAAUGUACAGAUCACGAUGGGAGAGCAGUAACAAAGCACUGCUGGAGAUGGCAGAAGAGAAAACACUACGAGAUAAGGAGUUUGAAAGCCUGCAGGUGAAAGUGCAGCGGUUGGAAAAGCUCUGUCGGGCCUUACAAAUAGAGCGCAAUGAGCUGAGUAAGAAAGUUCAGGGUGUCCCGGAGGGGACUACAACCCCAGAGAGCAGGCCAGAAACAGAGGCGGGGUCACAACAAGAGGCUGUUGACUCAAAGGAGGGCAGUCCUGUCCAUCAGAGCAGCUCAGAAGCAGAGACUCCACAAACCGCUUGUAGUCAGGCAUGCCACUGUGCUCCAGAUCUGGAGGUUGAAAGUCACAGAGAGGUUUGCUCAGCCCAGGAUUGAGGACACACUCAAUCCUUCCCAUCAUCUUCGGCAGUCUGUGAGGUGUUGACUACGUCUCCUCCCACGGUUCCUGGGGGUUUUCAUGGUGUCAGGGAAGAUUGUGCCUUCUACAUGAUUCCUAUGCUGCGUUUUUACUCUUUGGUUUUUAUGUGACUUCUCCACCCUGCUCCCACAGAGAUUCUUGAGUUUCUUGUUUGUGUUACUAGGGGCAUGGAAUGUUGCUACUGUGUUGCUGUGUUUGUCCACUAAAUGCUACUAGGUGUGAUUGUUAGCCUUCUUUUUUGGGAUUGGCUGAGAAACGGAUCUUGACAGACACAUGGCUGAAUAUUAAUAAAAGAAAAAGCUUUGCCAUAUACAGCAUUUGUUUAUGACUUGCAAUAUUUUAUUUUAUUAUCGCCUUAAGUUAAAAUCUGUGUUUUCAUUCACCGACAUUUUCUUUGGUUAAAUCUUGCAUAACAUUUGAACCAGAAGAAGAAUGUAUGAAUAUAUUUUCAUCUUCACUGCUCAGAGUUAACAUUUUGUUGACUUAAAGCUUCUUCUUUUAGAAGUUGUCACGCAUAUAUAUUCUAGCGUAAUUCUAGUGGCGUUUAAAGAUUGCAAAAAACGUAAGGUUGUUUUUGUGUUUCUUCUAUCAGGUAAUAUAAUAAGUAUUGCAGAUACAUUCCUUUAACCCAUUCUAUCAACAUCUAAUUAAUAAUAUGCACUUAAAUGAGAUCAUGACCACUGAGGAAUUUUGAGUUGUGUGGAUUAUUUUGAUAUUAUUUGUUUUGGUUAUUUAAAAAGAUAAUGAUCACUUGGUUGUUUGCAUUAUUUGAUGUCAAAAUGUAAGUUAAUACAUCUAAAGACUAGUUGGUUCAGAUUACACAGGAAGAUUUGAAGACACUAUGCAAUUCUAGCUCUGUUCACGUCAUCUCUGUUUAACAUGGAAACAUAGUACUGACAUGUGCUGAGAAAUGAAUCUACCGAUCCCAACAAAGUGACUUACGGUUCAUUGAUGUCUGUACAUUUCUGAUCUUGUGGAUUUUACUUCAUUCUUUAUUGUUCGAAUCAAGUAAUUUUUUCAGCAAAAUGACAAUAUACUUUGCAAUUUCACCGCUUUUGUACCCUUUCAAUACCUGAGGAUAUAGAAUAUGGUGUUCGCCAUAAAUUACUGUACAUCCAUGUUCAUGACCCAUGUAAUUGACCCAUUAUGUUGAAUAUUUCUGAGAUUCACAGAUUUGAUUUGUAAUUUUUUUCCACAAAUAUCUUUGUAUCACUAAAAAUGACUCUCCCAUUAUAUGAAAGGUACCAAAGACUUUUGUUGACUUUGUUUUUUUUCACCACAACCUGUAUACAUUUAUAUGCAUAUUAAAAUAAAAGGAAAA